ACCACACACACGACCCCAGCCGCACCAUACUGUAGAAAAUAUGAACAGUGAAAGAGAUAACAGCCCCAAAUCAAAGAGCUGGGUGUGGAAUGACCAUCGUGGAGAAUUAGUCAAGAUUAGACAAGAUGGACGUCCAGCCAGCCCCUCGGCAUCCUCCUCCACCUCUCGCCGUUUCUCUGCCCCUCCUGGCCAGAAACACAUCAACAGACAACUCCUACAGUCUAGGCGGAUAGUGGAGGCUGAGUAUGGCCGCCUGGACCCCGAGGACUGGGAGAGUCAACCAGAGGCGCCCGUCACCUUCACUCACUGCCUCAAGGUCACCCUCCACCUCCAGGCCACCCAGACCACCUUCACCAAGAUGUUCCUCGAUGUGGUCAAGCUUCAGAAGGUGCAGGAGCUACUGAGAGGCCUGGUGGAGUACUUCAGAGAGCUGUUCCUGCAGGCGGACCUUAUACGAGGGAUCGAGCCCCCUGCUGUGGGUAACAAGCGGGUGCUGGAGUUAAGGUGGCGAGAGAGACUCCAGGCGGUGUUACAACCUCUGGCCGCCUCCUAUGGUCAGGUCAUACUGGGUCACGGCCUGAACAACCUGCAUCAUAUGAAGCGGGGACACAGUCUACAGAGCUACGGUAAACGAGACAACGAGAUAUUUGAGUGGCUGUACGAGGCGGCGGAACUCUUCGUGUGGAUAGUGUUCAGGAGACGAGACCGGCCUGUCAUCCACACUGAGGUCACCAGGCUGUUCCGGGGUCAAGUGGGACUCGAGUAUGAGGAACAACAACGUCAGCUACAGUUCCAACAAGGGGAGGAAGUCGUGGAGCAGCGGAAGAUAUCGAGGAGGAGGAAGAGCAACACGAUGACUCCUUUGUCUGGUGUGGUGCGUGAGAACUCUGGGUUAAUGUGCAGGACGGUGCCACCCAUGAGCCUGACCAACACCAUGAGUGCUUGGUGUGACACUCUCCCACCCCUCACCUAUGUGUCGCAGAGCGAGGCUGCAGGAGGGGAGGGGUUGUGGGUGCUGGGUGCUCGACGAGGUGACCUGAACGAGUAUCUUGAACCAGCUGUACAGGAGGGCGACCAGCUGAGCAUACUGGACUAAGGACUGCCUGUCUCUCUGUUUCUGUGUGUUUUACUGUUUUUCUGCAUUUCUAAUUUUUUCUCUCUCUCUUUGC